CUCUCGACGCAGCAGCAGUAGCCGGUUUCGUCGUCGUCCUGUUGACGUCCCUCUCCUCCCUCUUUCUCUUGUCACUGUUUUUCUCGAGGUGGAUGUGGUGACGGGAGCUUCCGUUUUCUUUCGCCUCCUUCAACAGAAAACAGUACGGUCUUUCCGACCCGAGGGAAGUCUUCACGUUGACGCUGGCGGAAUUUUCAUUCAGUCAAACCGAAUGAGAGGACUUACAGGAGGGCGGACUGAACCGAGGAAGAGUCGGGGACUGGCUUGGAGGCUGCACAUCCGCCGCUUUCUUUAAUGCUACAGUUGUUGUUGGCCGUCAUUUGCUCUCCUAAGGCCCGGGGCAUCUGUCUGCGUUCGGGGUGUUUUCUUAGAUGGUACUUGGUUUCGUUUCCGGGACGGUUUCUCCUCCGGUUUGACCGUUGCCUCACGUAAUUAUUAUAUUAACGAGCGAACAGGAAAACACAGACUCCCCCUUUCUUCCCCUUUCUUCCCCAGCUCCACGGCUGUGUUUCCCUUUUAUUAUCCCUCUCCAGUGGUGGACGUGUUUUCUUAGCCCUUUCCACCAGAAGACGAUGCAGCUCAGAGUAAACCGGUGACUUUUUUUUGUUAACUGUGUAUCAGCUAGUGACCAUAGACAUGGUACGGUAGCGUCAGUGGGGGAUCUGGUGGAAAGUGAAAAGCUUCAGUGGGGUCUCAGUCUGUGUUUUUUUCCCCUCCCGUGAGACUGGGUUGGUACCAACAAACCCAGACAGACAUGAGGUGGUUAUAGCCCAGCCGUUUGUUUGUAAGCAUCAGUUUAAGCAGGGUCACUCUUUUAGUGAUCCGUGCUGCCUUCACGGACAAUGACAAUGGGGGUUGUAUGAGAAGCGAGGCUGGUUUUUUUCUGACACAGAGCCUGGUGUGAGUGACAACCAGGCGGAUCUGUGGGGUGUUUUUUUACCCAGCGUGAACACAAACCCACCGCCACACUUAUUGUCUCCUUUUUUCCGUGGACGGCGGAGACCACUCAGGGAAGAACAUGUCUUUACGCACGGCACUGCCUGGAAACGAGCGGAAACCGGACCAUCAUGCCUCCCUGUCGGCCAGCCGCUCAGAGAAGGGUACUGGCUGGUCCAGCCGCUCACUUGGUGCCCGAUGUCGUAACUCCAUUGCCUUGUGUUCAGAUGAGCAGCCACACAUUGGAAACUACAGACUGCUCAAAACUAUUGGCAAGGGCAACUUCGCCAAGGUCAAACUGGCACGUCACAUACUGACUGGCAUAGAGGUUGCAAUAAAGAUCAUCGAUAAAACCCAACUGAACCCAACAAGCCUACAGAAGUUGUUUCGAGAGGUACGCAUCAUGAAAACGCUCAAGCACCCCAACAUAGUGCGGCUGUUUGAGGUGAUUGAGACGGAGAAGACUCUGUACCUGAUUAUGGAGUAUGCCAGUGGAGGCGAAGUGUUUGACUACCUCGUGGCUCGUGGCAGAAUGAAGGAGAAAGAGGCCAGAUCUAAGUUCAGACAGAUUGUGUCAGCGGUUUACUACUGUCAUCAGAGGAAGAUUGUUCACAGAGACUUGAAGGCGGAAAACUUGCUACUAGAUGCAGACUCCAACAUUAAAAUAGCUGACUUUGGCUUUAGUAACGAGUUCACUGCAGGCAGUAAACUUGACACCUUCUGCGGUUCCCCGCCCUACGCUGCCCCAGAACUCUUUCAGGGUAAGAAGUAUGAUGGUCCAGAGGUGGACAUCUGGAGCCUGGGUGUCAUCCUGUACACGUUGGUCAGUGGGUCAUUGCCCUUUGACGGACAGAACCUAAAGGAGCUGCGGGAGCGUGUUUUGAGGGGAAAAUAUCGGGUGCCUUUCUACAUGUCUACGGACUGUGAGGGAAUUAUUCGCCGCUUCCUGGUUCUCAAUCCUGCCAAGCGCUGCUCACUGGAGCAAAUUAUGAAAGAUAAGUGGAUAAAUAACGGCUAUGAUGGCGAUGACCUGAAGCCCCACUCGGAGCCUGCAGAGGACAUGAAUGAUUCCAGUCGCAUUGAUGUGAUGGUUGGAAUGGGCUUCACCAGAGAAGAGGUCAGAGAUUCUCUGGUCAAUCAGAAAUACAAUGAGGUCACUGCCACAUACCUGCUGCUGGGGCGCAAGAGUGAGCCUGAUGGCAGUGAAUCUAGGACUGGCAGCAGUCUGAGUCUAGCUCGAGUCCGGCCCAGCACCAUCACCAAUGGUACCAGCAAACACUCCACUUCCUCUUCCUCUUCCGCUGCACCAUCCUCCUCCACUGGUCAUAAGGCACAGCGCAGCGCCUCGACAUACCAUCGCCAGAGACGACAUUCUGACUUCUGUGGUCCAGCUGUUCCAGGGACAACGUACCCCAAACGGAGUCCUAGUGGUGUAGGUGAAGGUGCAGGGCUCAAAGAAGAGCGAUUGUCAAUCCGCAAGCCAAGCACCAAUACUGUUGGGUCCCGUAGCAUCCCAACCCCCUCUAGCCCCAUGGUUAGCUCCGCUCAUAACCCAAAUAAGGCAGAGAUACCAGACCGCCGCAAAGAAGUUAACUCAACCACAAAUAACAUUCCUGCUAAUGCCAUGACUCGAAGAAACACGUACGUCUGUACAGACCGAUCCGGCACUGAUAGACAUCCACUGCUGCAAAAUGGCAAAGAAAACAGUACCUUAUCCCACCGCCUUCCCCCUGCCUCACCCUCCACCCACAGCAUUGCUGGUGCCACUGGGGCCUCCUCUUCAUCCUCCACACCCACGUCCCGCCUCUCCAGGGGAUCCACAAUAAGAAGCACUUUCCAUGGAGGGCAAAUUAGGGACCGCCGGCCUCCCUCCCAUGCUCCUCCAGCUUCCCCCACACCAUCCCACGAUGCCAGUCCACUGUCCCAUGCCAGGACCCGAGCCACAAGCAACCUGCUGAGCAAAAUCACCUCUAAGUUGACUCGCAGGGUCAAUCUUGACCCUACUAAACGUCAGAGCUCAAACAAGUCCAUGUCGGGCUGCACCCUCCCACAGGGGACAAAAACAGUUAACGAACCUGAGCGAAUCAGCAGAUCUCCGGUCACAAGUCGCCAUCUAUCUGGGCAUCAGAAGGCGGCCGAGCCCCGGACCCCCCGAUGCGGAUGGGAUGUGAGAGUGCGGAGCGCCCGCGACCCGGCCGAGGUGGUGCUAGCACUGCGUGAGGCGGCGCAGGGCUGUGGCUGCCAGGUCCACCUGGCUGGGCCUUUCCUCCUGUCCUGCACUCAUGGAGCAGCCGGGGCCCGGGUGGCCUUUGAGGCCGAGGUCUGCCAGCUGCCCAGCGGGCUGGGCCAGAGCAGCGGUGUGAGGUUCAAGCGCCUGUGGGGGGCACCGUUAGCCUUUAGAGAUAUUGCCACCAAAGUGUCCAAGGAGCUGGAGCUCUGAGGGCGACAGGAGGCGGGGCAGGAUUAAUGGCAGUCAGGAAACGUUGAUGAAAAAGUAAGGAGGAGGAGGAACAAUGAAUCACACAGCAUUGUCACCUCCUCCUCCUCCCUCAGCUCCACCUAAUCUGAUGAAGCUAGCGAUGCCUCGCCUCCUCCAAAGACCCUCUUCCUCUGAUGCCACCAAAUGCAGCCAAACAACGGAUGAACAGACACUCUUAGAAAACCAUUGGCAGAUUUUUCAUGACCCUUGACCUUGGAGAUGUCAGUCACUUAUAACCCCUGCUUAAACAUGUCCCCACCUCCAUAUUACGUGAACCCAUGGAGUCAAACUGUCUGUUUCUAUUCUUCGAUUUCAUAUUGGCGAUGAUCAGGAUGGUGGUGCUGAGAAUGAUGGAGACUGAAAUUUAUUGUUUUUGACAUUGUUAUUUCUUGUACCACAUUUGUCAUCAUUCCUUGAAGAGCUGCUAUUUAAUUUUUUUUUCAUUUUGUGUAUUAAGUUUAUUUUCUUUCUUUAAUGCUUAAAUUGGGCUGAUGUUUGACAUCUUUUGGAAGCAGACAUCACAUAUUUUAUGAGUGAGGGUUAAAUGUCCUCUCUGCCGGUUAGCCUUUAAGCUGCCAAUAGAUGCAGAACCCAAAAUGAAAGAAAAUGUGAAAACCCAAUUAUUUAUGCCUAGCUUAGUCCUAGGAUUUGUUCAUGGAUAUAUUUUGAACAAGACAGUACAAAAAAUGUCUUAUCAUUAUUAUUAUUAUUACUACAACCUAAUGUCUCAGCUCUGUGAAUUUUACAUGCAUUUCUAUCUGGAAGUACACAAACAAAAAAAAAAUCACCACCUUUUUUACGUAGUAAAGUCUUCACUCAGUAGUUUCAAAAUUUCAAAUGCAAAUUUUGUCAGCCAAUAUCGAUCCAUUAUUAUAAGACAAUUGCCUUUUGAAUGGUUUAUUCAAGCUAACAAUAAUUUGAACUCGAUCACAAAAAGAUUUUUUUAGCACAUAUCAAAAGUAAUUUUUCUCUGCCACUGAGGUUUGAAAAUCUAAAUUUCUCAUCAAAUGCAGUUGGUGCAUGUGAUUACUGGUCAAAUGGCAUGGCUUUUUUUAUAACAGAUUUUUAUUUGGUGUGAUGGUUAUUUAUAACACUAAUACUAAAACAAAAAAAACAAGGCCAGUUCAAAAAAACAAAGACUGAUUCACUUUGAAAAUAAAGAUUUAAAUUGUUGGCCACUUUGGUUCAUUUCCAAAAAGUAAAAAAUUAUCUUCUCACUGAUGUUCUUGUAAUUCUGAUUGCAGCACUGUGGCAUACCUGCACUCCCUCGCCUGUCUGAAUGCCAUCACUUUCCUCAGGUGAAGUGCAAAACAAAUUUAAAGCCAAGAAUUAAGACUUGAAAAACUUUGAUUUAGAUUUGACAUGGCGCUUUUUUAAAUUUUUGAUAUUACUAAUAUGUUGAAAAUCAUUUUGCACUUUUCUUUUUUUUUUGCUUUUUAGUUUGUAUCACAUUGUUCUAUUGUGGCAGUGUUCUGCAUUUUUCUUUUAUUACAUUUUUAAAAAUCACAUUGUUUCACACAUUUAAAGUCCUGGUGUCCAGUUAAAUUAAAAACAGACACUGGAUGCCUGUAUUUUCAUGAAUGUGCCUAUAAUGGCCUCUUUACAUCGUUCACCCUCCAGAGAGAACCAAAUCUACAGCAUUAAAAAGAAGUUAAAAUCAGCUGAGUUGAUGGUUUCCAAUUAAAGGCACCAUUUAAUUCUGUUGAUGUCACAAAGUUGUAAAAAAGGAUCGACUGUUGAUAUACAUAUAUUAACUGUAGAUUUUUACCCUCACCCGCACUGAUGAUAGGUUUAUGACUGUUGACCAAUCGGAUGCCAUUAUUACUGUAGGAGUUUUAAGACUGUUAAUCAGACUUCUGUCUCAUGUAUUAUUGAAAAGUAUGCAAGGUGUGCAGUGGUGAGGCAGUUGUUCCUGACAGGAAUAUAACCUUGAGUGACAUUUGGGAAUUUAAUUUAAUUAUUACCUUUUUUUUUUUUCUUUUUUUUUUUAAAAAAGAAAAAUAAUUUCCGUUCAGCACAGAACAAAUCAACCAAGAUUCAAGAGAGAAAAAAAAGUGUCCACCAAGUGCUACGUUGACACUGACUAGGUUGUUGUACUUAGGUCAUUACCUUUGAAAACCAAGCAAGUAAAACGUGCGUUUGCAAAGAAUGCAGCACCACUACUGUGGGGAAUUUAAAAGUAUAAUAUUGCAGCAGUGACGGCCGCAAGAUAUACACGUUUAUCUGUCUCGUGCGAGAUUUCCACCACCACUGUCUGAAAAUGUGAAGCUGUGAUUAGGACUAGUUUUUGAAAUUUCUGUUUUUGUGUACAACUGGGCCUCACUCUGUGAACCUGUCUCUAGAUACAGUUCAGGCCUUGCUUUGUAUAGUGUGUUUGAAGCUGUCGCUGUUAUCAACAAAAUUUAACUUAUGGGGUGAAAUGAUAGAAAUGAUCGACCUGCAAUCCUGCAUGUCUCCAAGGAAGUGAUGUGUGACUCAAAAUAAAGACUUUCAACUUCUUUCUUAAUUCAUGUCUGUACUUUUUAUAGAUAUGUGUUUGAUGUGGUUUCCAAACAGUGAUAUUGUGUAUCACUGAAUUGUGUGUCCAUUGUGUGUCCAUUGAAAGUUUGCAAAACGAAGAGAAACUGUUGUUUCCCAUAAAGAAAACAUGAGAAAUAAGGUUUGAUUGUUACAUGGGGCAAAUUUUAAUUGUCCAGUUAUAGUUUACAACCAAAAAAAAAAUGAUUUUGGUGUACAUAGCCACGACCAGACUAUGCAUGGAUUGAUCCCAGGAUGUUACAAAGAAGAUGGGGUGAGAGAUGAUGACAGUGAUAGUAACUCAGAAGGAUGAGUCAAAAAAACAACAGGAAAGGAAAAGGUGAGUGAGGUUAACAGGUGAGUAAGAAAGAAAGGAGUGGAGAGAAAAGAGGAGUGUCUUCUUGACAGAAAUAAGCAGAAAGUAGCCAGUUUGAAGGCUACCUGUUCAUUUUUUUUUAUAAAUAAAAAUAUAAA